AUGGCAUCGGUCCUGGGGACCAGCAGAGCGUCCGGAGGGCUGAGCGGUCAACUCAAAUGCAAGUCCAAGCGGAGGAGGAGGAGGCGGGCCAAGCGGAAAGACAAAGUGAGCGUGUUGUCAGCCUUCAUCGCUCCCUUCAAACGCCUGAACCCUGGGGCCACGCACGCAGAGGACGAGGACAACCUCAGUACCAGCAGUGCUGACGUCAAGGAGAACCGCAAUGUGAGCAACCUGGAGGCCAGGCCGCCACCGGCCGGGGACAGGGCCCGAGGGGGCGCGCCCAGCCUGAAGAGGAAGCGGCCGCUGGAGGAGGGCAAUGGCGGACACCUGUGUCCCCUGAGGCUGCUGUGGCGGCGGCUCUCAUGGUCCGUAGCACCCAAGAAUGCACUGGUGCAGCUGCAUGAGCUGCGGCCAGGCCUGCAGUUUCGCAUGGUGUCGCAGACCGGCCCAGUGCAUGCACCCCUCUUCGCCGUGGCCGUGGACGUCAACGGGCUCACCUUUGAGGGCACCGGGCCCACCAAAAAGAAGGCCAAGAUGCGGGCAGCCGAGCUGGCCCUCCGCUCCUUCGUGCAGCUCCCCAAUGCGGGCCAGGCUCCCCCAGCCCCCAGUGGUAUGGCCCCUGACUUCACCUCUGACCAGGCCGACUUCCCCGACGCCCUGUUCCAGCGGUUCGAGCCUGCAGCACCUAGCGAGGGCUUCCCGGGCUGGCGGCCCCCCGCCCCCGAGUGCCUGUCCACAGCCUGCCGGAGGAGCCGGCUCCUGGGCCGCCCACUGGACCUGGGCCUGGGGGGACCCACGGCCCCAGGCACCGGGAACCCAGUGGUGCUGUUGAACGAGCUGCGCUCUGGCCUGCGCUACGUGUGCCUCUCAGAGCCAGAGAAGCGGCGCGCCCAGAGCUUCGUCAUGGCCGUCAGCGUGGACGGGAGGACGUUCGAGGGCUCAGGACGCAGCAAGAAGUUGGCCAAGGGCCAGGCCGCCCAGGCCGCCCUGCAGGCCCUCUUCGACAUCCGGCUGCCCGGCCACGUCCCCAGCAGGAGUAGAAGUCACCUCCUGCCCCAGGAGUUCGCAGACGCCAUAUCCCAGCUGGUCACGCAGAAGUUCCGAGAGCUGGCCGCAGGCCUGGCCUCAGCACACGCCCGCCACAAGGCACUGGCCGGGAUUGUCAUGACCCGAGGCCUGGACACCAGGCAUGCCCAGGUCGUCGUCCUGUCCUCGGGGACGAAGUGCAUCAGCGGCGAGCACAUCAACGACCAGGGGCUGGUGGUCAACGACUGCCACGCAGAGAUCCUGGCCAGGCGGGCGCUGGUCCACUUCCUAUACGCACAGCUGGAGCUGCACCUGAGCAAGCGGCGCGAGGACAGCGAGCGCUCCAUCUUCGAGCGGCUGAAGGAGGGUGGCUUCCGGUUGCGAGAGGGCGUCCUGUUUCACCUGUACCUGAGCGCCUCGCCCUGCGGAGACGCGCGCCUGCACUCACCCCACGAGCGCGCGGCCGAGCUGAGCAGCAGCAAGCACCUGGCCAGGAAGUUCCGGGGGCACCUGCGCACGAAGAUCGAGUCGGGGGAGGGGACGGUGCCUGUGCGUGGCCCGGGCGCAGUGCAGACCUGGGAUGGCGUCCUGCUGGGCGAGCAGCUGGUCACCAUGUCCUGCACAGACAAGAUCGCCAGGUGGAACGUGCUGGGCCUGCAGGGUGCGCUGCUCUGCCACUUCAUUGAGCCCGUGUACCUGCACAGCAUCGUGGUGGGCAGCCUGCGCCACACCGGCCACCUCUCCCGUGUCAUGAGCCACCGGACCCAGGACGUCGGCCAGCUGCCUGCCUCCUACCGGCACAACCGGCCCCUGCUCAGCGGAGUGAGUCAGGCGGAAGCGCGAGAGCCCGGGAAGGCACCCCACUUCAGCGUGAACUGGGUGGUGGGCACGGCGGACGUGGAGGUCAUCGACGCCACCACUGGGAGGCGGAGCUGUGGCCGCUCCUCCCGGCUCUGCAAACACAGGCUCUCGGCGCGGUGGGCGCGGCUCUACGGCAAGCUGAGCACCCGGAUCCCACGGCACGGGGACACGCCGUCCAUGUACUGUGAGGCCAAGCUGGGGGCGCGCACCUACCAGGCCGUCAAACAGCAGCUGUGCAGAGCAUUCCAGAAGGCCGGCCUGGGCACGUGGGUGAGGAAGCCGCCUGAGCAAGACCAGUUCCUGCUAGCGCUGUGA